UGACAGGAUCUUCUCUGGCUUCCACACAUUCAUCACACACGUGCAGUUAUGGGAUUUAUGUCGCUAUGUUAGAUUAUACUUCAUCUAUUUACUUAUUUUCAGUUUUGGGCAAAAAGUUUCUAAGUGUUGAGCGAUGGAACCAGGAGCGGGACGAGGCAUUGGGAUCAUCCAUGUACCCUGAAGAUCAAGGAUGUGUGUGUAAAAGUGGACAGACUGGGGCCAAUCAUGAAUCCUGAGCUGAACUGCAGCUCCCAGUGUGAGCCCCCACUCUGCUUUAUCCACUCAGGAGUCAACAAACAGGAGAGCCUUGACAUUCUGCAGAGACUAUGCAGUCUCAGCACGAUGGCGGUGGAGCUCCCAAGGCGGACUCUGUCCCCGGUCUUAAGUGCUGUGGUGUGGACGCUGCUGUCUUGUGGCAUCCUUCUGGCAUUCGGCUUCCUCCUCUUCACCAUGCGCUUCAAAAACAACAGGAUAGUGAAGAUGUCCAGUCCCAACCUGAAUGUUCUGACUCUCUUUGGAAGUAUCCUCACCUAUAGCAGCGGCUUCCUCUUUGCCGUUGAUGAACAAGCACAUUCACACUCUGGGGUUUCAACAGCUGUGCUUCAGGCUCGGAUGUGGACUCUUUGCAUCGGCACUACCUUGGUGUUUGGCCCAAUUUUAGGGAAGACGUGGAGACUGUACAGAGUGUUCACUCAGAGAGUUCCUGACAAGAGAGUGAUUAUUAGAGACAUCCAACUGAUGGGCAUGGUGGUCCUGUUGAUCCUGGUGGACAUGAUGGUUCUUACAGCCUGGAACCUCACAGACCCUGUCAUAUGUUCCAGAUCUAUUGGUGCAGUUGUUAAGGUGGUGGAAAAAGACAUCUCCUAUGCUUUGACUCAGCUGGACUCCUGUUCCUCUGUAUAUUCAGAUCUGUGGGUUAUUGUCAUUGCUGUUCAGAAGGGUUGUCUUCUUCUCUAUGGGACUUAUUUGGCUGGACUGACCAGUAACGUUAGCCACCCUCCGGUCAACCAGUCUCCCACCAUCAUAGCAGCUGUUACCUUGGUUACCCUCUGCUCAGCCGUGGCCGUCCCUGUGUCCAUCUUCCUGCAGGCCUGGCCCAACCUGGUCUACAGCACUGUGGCUGGAGCCAUCUUCAUCUGCACACUGGCUACGAACUGCAUGCUGUUUGUACCUCAGUUGACCCAGUGGCGGCAGUUUGAAGAGGAUCAGAACAACCCGAGUCAGAUGGCCAAGUAUUUCAGCAGCCCCAGUAAAAGCCAGCCCUCCGUGUACAGCCAGGAUGAGAUCUACUACCUGCUGGGAGAAAAUAACUCCAUGAAAAAACUACUUAAUGAGAAGAACGCUGUGAUUGACAGUCUUCAGGAGCAGGUGAGCAACGCCAAGGACAAACUCUUGCGACUCAUGUCCGCCAGUCAGCCCAUGGAGGACCAGGACAUGGACUCAUCCACCACCAACCUCAACUCCUCCUCCACCCAGACCACAGAGCUUCAGUCGGAUGGCCAGUCUUGUUCUCUACCUCAAAAAGACAGUAAAUCCAGACCCUCACCCCUUGAUAUCUCCCCCUGUCUCGAUGCUGCUGUUACUGUAUCGACGUCUACUGACCUUCCCCCUGUUCCAACAGUCACACCCCCUGUUAGUGCUUCCUCUCCUCCCCCAGAUGGUAGGUGUUUGGAGGAAAAUCACAUGGACGUCUCUACUACUGACCCAGCUGAUCCCAGAACAGCUGAAGAUCUCCUACCUGUAUCACCCCUGUCUUCUGGAUUACUCAGGACAGCUGAAGAAACAGCUAAUUUUGUGACUUCCCUACAGUACCGUAGAAUGUUGAACCCCUCUUUGGUUGAAGCUUUGAACAAGCAGAGUAAUCUAACAUCACACACUGGGUCUAAAGUGAGGCUGACUGGGUUUGUUAGCAGUGAACAGCUACAGGAGAUCCUCCAGGAGCUCAGUGUGGACACAGUCACAGAAACAGCACUCAGAUCUCCCAGUCAGACCUCCAGGAAGUGUACAGAGACCUCCCCUCUUUCCCCACUCUCCAUACGGACGCCACGCUCCCCUCAUGUACCCGCCCUCUUCCGCUACCCCAGCAUCUCCCCGUAUGCAAUGAGGAAACGCCGACCACCCUUCUACUCCCCCAGAAGAGAUUUGGACCCCCACUGCUUCUACACAGGUUCGGACGCAGUUGGGAAGACAAGGGACCGCUGCAACCCAAAGAAUCAUGGGAAGCAUUCCUGCAAAUCCUCUGAGGAGGUCACUGUGGAUGGUACUCAUCUCCAGGUUCUCAACAGUGAUGAGGAAGAGGAGGAAGAGGAGGAGGGGGUAGAAGGACGUGAAGUGGUAAGAAAAUGCCGUAGGUGUUCUUCAAAGUGUCGCAGAUGUUCAGCUCUUGCUUGUACAGAUCAUAUCCACGCAACUCCAGCUGAUGUGGAAGCAGGAGGUGAUAAUGAGCGACACCACAGACACAUUAGAAACUCCUGUGGAUACUGGGACUCCGAUUCCAGCAGCUCCACAGAUUACUGCUACUACCACCGACCUUACUGCGAAUGUGGCUCCAUCACAUCCUCAGACAGCUCCUCAGACUCUGACAGCGAGUAUGAAGGCUUCACCAGCCUCUACCGCUCUCCACACCCUGUGGUAUUCAAAGAAGACCUCAAACCCACCUUUGUAUGAACACAUUUGCUGAACUUUUCAUGACCAUUUUCACCA